AUGAAACCGUGUUUCACACCGGAAAUCAUUUACUCAAAUGAAACCUCUGAGAGGGUGGAGCGCGCCAUCAACACCACCAUGGACGCCAUCAACGCUACCCUGCACAACGCCUCCAGUCGACUUGCGUCUGCGGCUGCUGCGCUGGCGUCCAACACGUCCGCGCAGCCGUUGCCCAUCGCGGGACCAUCGGGUGCCCGUUGUGUCAUGGAGGACAACUUCACCACCGCACGGACGACCACAAACGCUGUGCUGAAGGAUAACCUCAACGCAACUACUACGUCGCUCUCGGGACACGCGCCGCAUCUGUCGCUGGCGUAUUUUCUUGCCUGGCUUCUGCUUUUCGUCACCAUAACGGUGACGACGGUGGCCCUCCUCAACUGCUGCCUGCGCAGCAAGCACGGCUCUGCGUAUUCCGGCGAGAAGGGUUAUGGUGACGAGGAGAUGUGCGGCAAGACCGCUGUGCCCUUCUCGGUUUCUACUCAGAGCAUGCAUGCAGAGGGUCUAAGCGGGACGCCAUCGUCGUCGAGUCGCCUGCUCGCCUCCCGCGGCAACCUCGCCCGGCAGCAGUUUUUGGAGUCACGCAAGACGGGGAGCACUCCAAAGAGCUACGGCGCUACGACCUCCACACCUCCCGCCAAUUGA